CAGCGCCAUCCUUUCACUACCCACCCUCACUCGCUUUAUAGUCAACCCUAGUCAUCUUGCGCAACAUCAAUCAACCAAUUCCGGUCAUCUACCAGUCCGCAUCGCCUCCGACACCCCGCCGUCAUCCAACAAAGCAUAUGGACUUUGCGGCGCCGAGCUUAACAUCGAAAAGACCUCGACAUUUGCGCCGCUUGCGCCCACACAUCUCAGCUUCUUGACGACUACCCCACGAUACCCUUUGUAUUUUACCUCACCAACACCAACCAUGGACCUCGCCAACACCCUCAUCCGCAGCGUUGUCCGCGCCUUCUACGAGACCCGCCACAUCCUCGUAGUUGAUGCGCUCUUCAUCCACUCCGUUCUCCACGCCGAAGAUCUCGCCUUUCUGCUUGGCAUGCAACAAAAAGACCUCCGCAAGCUAUGCGCCAAGUUGCGCGAAGACCGUUUAAUCUCCGUUAACACCCGCGCAGAGAUUCGCGAUGGAUCAACCCGCCCCGUCAAUCGCGAAUACUAUUACAUUCCACUGCACCCGGUGAUUGACGCCAUCAAGUACAAAGUAUCCAAGUUAACCUCGACCAUCAAGGCGCAGUACACGCCGAGCCAAGAACGAAAAGAAUACAUCUGUCUCCGAUGCAGCGCGGAAUGGACCGAGCUGGACGUCCUCAGUCUCUACUCCGAGGAAGGCUUUGAGUGCCAAAAUUGCGGGGCCAUCCUCGAACGCACCGAGGACGUUAAAGGCGCCGAGGGGAUCGACCGGACCGGCCACGAGAAGAACAGCAAACUUAUGAACCAAUUAGAUACGAUGCUUAAACUACUCAAGCAAAUCGACACCGUCGAGAUUCCCCCCAAUGAUUUCGACACCGCCUGGGACCACAAAGUCGACGUGAUUCGAAACCAGCAAACUCACCCGACCCGCGCAGCUGUGAUCGUCCCCUCCAAGCAACAAGAAGCCGUCCGUGGCAACACCAAGACCGAUGCCGCCGCAUUGGAAAUUUCCCUGACUUCUAGCGCCGAGAAAAGUGCCGCUGAACAAGCCGCCGAAGCGGCGCGCAAAGCCGCAGUUGAGAAGCAGAACGCCCUACCAGUCUGGCACACGCAUUCGACCGUGUCCACCUCCGCCGGGAACGUUUCUCGCGUCAAGUCCGAGACAGACCUCGACAUCAAACCAGAGAUCAAGUCAGAAGACAAAGACCGCAAACCGGAGAUGGAUGCCUUGGACGACAAAGUCGCCGCGUACUAUGCCGAGAUGGAGCGCGAAAAGGCUCUCCAGGCCCAGGAGGAUGCCAGCAGCGCCGAGGAAGACUCCGACGAUUUUGACGAGGAAUUCGAGGACGUCGGAGGUGUGUCUGCCAGCGAUGCCGCCUCUCCAGCGGUUAAUACUGCUCCUACGGCUGGUGGUGCUAGUGGGCCAACCAGUGCGCCAAUGCCCACAACGGGCUCCUCGAUGGGAAUCAAGCGGGAGCUGGACACAGAUUAUUCGAGUGUCAGCGCUUCCCAGACGGCGGUGGCCACCCCAUCCACGGGCGGGGAUGAAGGGCCGGCGUCGAAAAAACUCAAGGUCGAGCCUGAGGUCAAGAAAGAGGAAGAGUCGGACGAGGAUGACGAGGAGGAUGACGACGAGGAGUUUGAAGAUGUAUAAACUCUGCCCCAUCUCAAUCCUUAAUUGUCGCGUUGAUAUGGGCGCUGGCGCCUGUUUUACUCCAUACAAGACGUCUACACUGGGCACUCAAUAUGUGUUUAUCCGUGACCCGGUUCCGGGGCAGCCAAGACGUAUGAUAGACGAAUGUAAAAUUAGAAUAGUCCUUUUGGAAUGGAUAAAAAGUCCUCAG